AUGCAGUACGCUGCGCCUGCACCGAACGGUGUCAGUUUUAUGCCGCCAUGGGCUGGAAUGCCUAUGAUGCCCGGCGUGCCAGAGCACCGCCCUUAUAACCCUAUGUAUUCUUCAGGUGUGUACGCACAAACACUGCUGACGACAGAUGCCUUUCAUCCGCAGGCGCCCAUGUAUGGAGGAAUGCCGAUGCCAUGGUCAUUUCCUCCGUACGGCGGAGCGUCACCAGCGCAACCGUAUUCGCCCGUUCCGGCCGUGCAUUCUCCGCAGACUUUUGCGCACGAGGAACGUCGUGGAAAAGGUUAUGGGCGAGGCGGUCGCGGCGGCCGGGGAAAUGGGCGUGUGCCAAGGAACCGUCCCGCGAAAAGCGUGUAUCAGCCAGACCCAAAUGCCGAGCGGCCGGAGGACAGCAAGCCGUGUCGCACGCUGUUUGUGCGCAACAUUGCAUUCGAAGUGGGCAGCCACGAAUUUAGAUCCGAGUUUGCUUCGUUUGGUGAGAUAAAGACGUGGUUUGAUUUGAUUCAUCGACGUGGGCUUUUGUUUGUUACAUAUUUUGACAUCCGUGCUGCAGAGAAGGCGAAAACGACGAUGCAUCGUAGAUCCUUUUUUGGGCGAACCAUCGAUGUGCAUUACAGUCUUCCCAAGGAAGAGGAUCAGCAGCAGCAUUGUGACCGCGAGAAGAAUCAGGGCACACUUUUUUUGUUGGUCAGAGAUGCACAGGAACCUAUUGCAGACGACGCGCUUCGCGCACACUUUGGGCAGUUUGGCGACAUUCGGGAUAUGAGAAAGUACAAAAAUCAGGACCAUACUCAGUUUGUGGAAUACUGGGAUAGUCGCGCUUGCAUUGCUGCCAAUGAUGCCCUAAAUAAUACGGAUUUUUUUGGCGGAAAACUGCAGCUAAAGUUUGCAUGGGACUUGACCACUGUCGCGCUCGUCACCGAUGCAAAGAAUCGGAACGAGGCAAAAGCAGCAGCAGAAGCGUGUGCGCGCCAUUCGGAAAUGGACACGGCAGCUCAGCCCUGGGUCCGGCUGCCGGCACAAGGACAUGACGCGAUCCCAGCGCCCUCCGAGGACCGCCUGGAACAAGCACAAAAAGUACAGCAGCUUUUGGCUUCACUACAUACGCACCCACCUACCGCAGAACACGACCCAGAAAGAGCAGCGCACAUGGCACAGGACGAGCCUGCCUGUUUUUCUCCGGACUCGCCCAAGCACGCAAAGGAUGCACAAGUGCAACGGGAAACACAGGAUGCACAAAGCGCCUUGGCAGACUCGCUGGCUCCUUUGGAGAUCCCUGCCGAGACGCCCGUGUCAUGA